AUGCAAUACUGCACCUGGGAAAACUUAAGACCUUCUAUUACACAUGGUGUAAACAGGGGCAUCAUACGAUUAGAGACUAACACGAUGGCCAGAGAGAAAGCAACAGCAGCCCAGGCCCUUUGCAUGAGGGGAUAUCUGCUCACAGUUUGCCUCAGUGUUUGGAUGAUUUCAGCUCAUGGAAUUGGGGUUCAGCUGAUCCCUCAGUAUCCGGUGGUUAAUCAGUCUGUUACUCUUAGUAUCACUGGAGUCACUGGCACAAUACGACAGUUCUCAUGGUUUAAAGUUUCAAGUGUUCUUGGUUAUAGCCAAAUAUUCAGUGUGAAUCCAUCUCUAAACACAGCGAAACCAGGGCCUCAGUAUUUCCCUCGGGCCAGCUGGUUCCCAAAUGGCUCAUUGCAGAUCUCAGGCCUUGUUCCUAUUGACCAGGGGACUUACUCAGUGCAGAUAUGGGCUUCUAAUACAUCACAUACAACAUCAAAUACAACUUCAGUUUUCCUGACAGUUUAUGAACGUGUCACUAAACCAGUGAUGAGUUCCUCCAGCUCCCAGACACUGGUAAAUGACACUGUCACUAUUACAUGUGUAACUGCUCAUGCAGAGAGGAUCCUAUGGAGAAAGGAUGGUACUGACCUUCCUUCUGGAGGAGAUUUGUCUUCAGACAACAGGACUAUGACCUUCCACAGGAUUAAUCGCUGGGAUGCUGGGCGCUAUCAAUGUGAAGCUGAGAAUCCUAUCAGUAGAAAUAUCAGUGACAUCAUCACCCUGACUGUCAUUUGUAAGUAACACACUGUUUCUUAUAA